AUGAAGCACCUCAAGAAAAAGCAGAAAAAAUAAAAAACAAUUCCUAAAGAAGUACUGACAACCAAAACAGCCUAGAUUCUAAUAAAAUCACCAUAUAGUUAUAAAUAUGUCAAUCAAAAUCGAUUAGAAGCAAGCUUGUUUGCAGAGCCUGCUAAAGUAGAGGAGGAGACCUUGUCUAAUAGGGACUACGAGUCUACCUUCUAACAAAAUCAAAAAAGGACAAGUUCGAAGCAUUUAUAUGCUAGUAGUCAUAGCUCCAGUAGACAAUCCAGCCCUCGAAAUCAAAUUGGAUCCCUGAUGAAACAUGGCAAUAAGAAAAUUACAUUCGAAAAAAAUUACCAGAGAAAUAAAAACUUAUUCAUGGACACCUCUUAGGAUCCAAAAAUGAAAUAAAAUAAAAAGAAUCAUUAUCUAAAGGAACACAAUAAUAUUGAAAAUAUAAACUUCUAAGAUAGCUUAGUAGAGGGUGUAGCAACAGACAAAAAUCCUAAUAAAUACAUGGACGAGGAUUCAUUAGAGUAAUUAGAGAUAAAUGUUGAUUUACUCACUAAGCAAAAUAAUGGCUCAUUUGUUGAGAAUGAUGAGACUAUGAGUGAUAAAAAAACAAAAAAAUAUCUCAAUAAUACAUUUCACAUUGAAGUUGUACCAAAUCGUCAAAAGUUUUCUGUGAAAGAGGUUAAGAAUUAUAUCUCACUUUUUUAAACUCCUUCUGGCUCCGAACAUUCAAGUUCAAGGCUUUCUCAAAGCCAGAAAUUUAUAUAACACUAAUCAUCCAAAAUCGAAAGAGCUUUGGAAUAUCUCAAUGAUGAAGAGGAUGACAUUAAUAAUACAAAUAAUUCUGUUUCAGACUACAUGUCCAACUGUUCUAAUACAUUAAGAGUUAUCAACCACAAAGAAAAAUAAAAUAAUCAGAGAGACAAACGAUAUAGAUCUCAGAAUAACAGAAAGUAAAAAAGGAGAACACUACCGCUUUAUUGA